CAUUUGCAUAGCCCGCGGCGCAAGUAUUCGCGCGGUCGCACAGCGGAGCUGGUCCAGUCCAACACCGGCCUCCCUGUCUCAACCCUGGCCACAAGCGCUCCCGGGGCUGUGGCGAUGACUCCCAGUCCCACCGGCCUCCGCCGCAUCGGCCGGCGACCAAACCAACCCCGCUAAAUACUCGCCCGCUACAGCUCUCUCCUCGCAAUUUAACGUGCCUCCAUUACCGCGAGCUGCGUCGAGGUGGUUCGAGGAGAAGAGAAACAGAGCUCGCGGGGGCCAUGGGGACCGUGCUGGAUUCGCACUUCCUGGCGCUCACCGCCAUCGUCACCGUGGGGUACCAGCUGCUGUUCUUCAUCGUCACGGCUCUCCUCCGGUUCGACAAGGUCACCGAUUUCGCAGGCAGUACAAAUUUUAUCAUAAUCGCCAUCCUAACACUAGCUUUGAAGGGAGCAUGGCAUUUCCGUCAGAUCGUGCUGACAGUCCUUGUCGUAAUCUGGGGCCUUCGCCUAGGACUGUUUUUAUUGAUGAGGAUUUUGCAAUGGGGCGAAGACCGUCGGUUUGAUAAAAUGCGUGAUAAUUUGGGAAAAUUAGCAGUUUUCUGGAUUUUCCAGGCUGUGUGGGUUUGGUCUGUCAGCUUGCCCGUCACUGUUGUGAAUGCAAGUGACGGAAACCCCUCGAUUGAAGCCAGGGAUAUAAUUGGUUGGAUAAUGUGGUUGGUUGGGAUAUGCAUAGAAGCAACAGCUGAUCAGCAGAAGCUUGCGUUCAAGAAUUCUGCAAGUAAUAGGGGAAAGUGGUGUGACGUGGGAGUUUGGAAGUAUUCUCGUCACCCGAAUUACUUUGGGGAGUUAUUCCUUUGGUGGGGAGUAUUUGUAGCAUCAACCCCAGUUCUCUCAGGUGCUGAAUGGCUUGUGAUUUUGGGACCUAUAUUCCUGACACUUCUACUUCUUUUUGUCAGUGGAAUCCCACUCCUUGAGUCAUCUGCUGAUAAGCGCUAUGGACAAUUGGAGGAAUACCGUGUAUACAAGAACACUACAAGCCCCCUUAUCCCGUUGCCACCUGCUGUGUAUGGAGCCCUGCCUGCGUGGUUCAAGCUCGCCUUCCUCCUUGAGCUCCCCCUCUACAAUCCUGGCCCGGGAGGUGAUCCUAUCAAACUACAGUAAGCCCAUUGACUGGUCAGCCCUAGAUUUAUGCUGUUAUUGUGUACGGGGCAAUUAUUUCCCAUUCGCUUCCAAGGGAUUACACUGAAGUUUAUCCUUAUUUAUCACUUGUGGGGUAAAAGAUUUCCCUUUUAUGUCC